AUGACGGUAGUUUGGGAGUCGGUGGGCAGUAGCGUUGAGAAAGAUAUUUUGGUGCCUGGAAAAUUUUCAAAGAAGCCUACGGAACGUUCCAGAUGCCGUGUUAGAAUCGAAGACGUAAACUCAUCAGGGUUGUCCGAUAACCCCGAAACUCUACACAGCAAUUACAUUAAGCCAUCGUCAUCAGAAGAACUGACAAUAACUGUCGGGGAUGCCGAUUGUAGGGUAGACGAAUAUGUCGAGAGGGCGAUUCAAACGAUGUUCACUGGGGAGCAGAGUUUGGUAAGAGUGAAAUUAGACGACACUAUUUGCCUAUCGCUUAAGAUAAAGUUGUUAGCCUGUGAGGUACACGUACCGAUUUGGGAAUGGUCGGCAAAAGAGAAGUACGAUGUGGCGUUGUAUUACAAAGAAGCAGGGGUGCGCCUUUAUAAGUCCUCGAGAAUCGUUGAUGCUUUUUCGAAAUUUAGCAAAGCUUGCAAGAUCCUUAUCAGUUUGGAGCCAAUCCCCGAAAGCGAUAUAGAAGAUUCGCUCAGAAAUGACAUAGAACAUCUUAGGAGGAUCUUGUACAACAACAUGGCGGAGUGUCACUUGACGCGGAAAAACUUCGAGCAUACAGUUUCCCUCUGCUACAAGGUGCUCCAGAGGGACGAGAACAACGUCAAAGCACUCUACAGACUAGCUGUAGCCCGGGAAAAUCAAGGGGAUUACGAACGAGCCUUGGCAGACAUGGAAAAAGUCAUCGGAUUACAGCCAAAAAAUCAAGCUGCAAAAGAAAGACUGAUUAUUUAUAGGAGAAAAGUUUACGAAGCUCAGAAGAAGUAUGACAAUAUGGUGAAGAAAAUGUUUCACGUACGCGAAUGAGCGACAUCGUCGCUAGAUUGUAUGUUACUUGUGUAUAAAGGAAAAAAACAAUCUAUUACAUAACUGAUUUGUAAUUAUAGUAUAAUAAUCAGUACUUUUUUCAUUUAUAUAAACAAUUUAUUUUAUUCAACCACGGUUAUCCCCUGAUGAUUUCUGUUAACAAAGCUUCGGUACAUAAUCCGUAAGGCUCCACCUUUAUUAAAUCACAUCUGUUAUAAUUACAAAAAUACGCAUUUAUUUCUACUAUAAUAACAAACAAUUGGAACGUAACUUAAUUCGCAUAAAUAUUUUACUCCUGAUUUGACAUGCGAAUAUUUUUAAAAUCACUAAUCAUCCCCCUUUUGAGAGAUAAUUUUAUUCAAUCGCUGUAGUAAAAUAUUGCAAGUGCUUCAAAGUUAGGAAAAUCAUGACACAUUCGUUCGCAAAAUAAGACAUUCAAGUUAUAGCAGUCGUAUGUAAAUCAAGAGUAAGGGACAAGAGUUCGACUCUGCACAGAGGAAAAUAUUUUCUUGAGAUAUCUCGUGCCCGGACUUUUAUGGCUAUGAUUUAAGUAGAGAUUAUUUAAUUUAUUCUUGUAGGAAAUUAAAGCAAUGACUCAAGAUUGAAUCAUACUUCCUUCGAGCCGUGGAUGUUCAAUAUAUAUUUUCAAUUUAAAUAAUGGCACCUUGCUUAAGGACUUGCUUAUCGAUUACUUACACGUUCGGACAAAUGAGUCUUCUCUGCAUUUUUGUAAAUAAACCUUAAGGUACUACUUAAAUUUUGUAACGCGCUACAAGUUCACCUUCAGUUAAGUAAUCAAGCAAGUCAUCGUUACUGUGGCCAAUGGCUUAGAAAUUUCAAAUACGGAAUUACAAAACAAUAACUUCCCUUUAAUAAAUUAACGCAGUACCAAAGAAACUAUUAAAAUCACAUGAGUAAUAUAUUUAAGAAAAAAAAUGUAUGCGCCAUCACCGUUUAAAAAAGUUUAUUCUUUAUCAUUUUUACUAUUGUUUGAUAAACAUCCUCCCAACGGUUUACUUUAUUCGGUUAGCACUUGUUAUUGAGCUUUUGUUCUAUUGACUAAGAAUUAUUUUCUAAUAAAAACGUUGUGUACCCGAAGUUGUUAAAAACAGCAUUCGUCGUACAAAGGUGUUUCCUCGUUUAAAUAAAGAAUACCAAGGAAUUCUUUAAAAACUCAUGCAAGAAUGGAGAACUAAAAAAUACUGAUUACACGUGUUGAGUAAAUAAUCGAUACAAAUAUUUGCAUGUACGUACGUACGUACAUAAUUAAAA